CUCGUUUUUUUGUAAUAAAAAAUGGAUGCCAAAGCUGCUCAGUUUCUAUAUCCAUGGCGGCAUGGCAAAGUUGUUCACUUGGUGAGGCAUGGACAAGCUAUGCACAACGUAGAAGGAGACAAGAAUCGAGAAGCACUGUUGUCUCAGGAUCUGUUUGAUGCACAGCUCUCGCCAUUAGGCUUGCAGCAGGUUGCUAAAUUGCGAAAGGAUGUUCAUGCUAGUGGGCUGCUUGACAGGAUUGAGUUAGUUAUCACUUCCCCUUUGUCAAGAGCAAUGCAAACAGCUAUUGGAGUUUUCGGCAGUGAUCGUCAUCCAAAAGUUAUGGCCAUCGAGCUUUGUCGAGACCGUCUGCAGGGGGUUCGUCCAUGUGAUAUGAGAAGAAAAAUCAGUGAUUAUCGAUCUCGUUUCCCCACAGUUGAUUUUUCAAUGAUGGAUGUGGAAGAUGACACAUUGUGGAAUCCAGACGUUCGGGAGUCCGAGGAAGAACUUGCUGCUAGAGGUGCCAGGUUUUUGAAAUGGCUAUGGACAAGGCCGGAGAAGGAGAUUGUAGUCGUGAGCCAUGGCAUAGUCCUUCAAAAUAUUCUAAUAAACAUACAUAGAAAUGACUGCAAUCUGUCGUGCAAGUGGUGGUGCAAGCGCUUUGAUCAUUGUGAGCUUCGAUCUGUUUUCAUCAUGGAUCAAAGCAUCAUGGGAAAAGAUUCAGCAUCACUUUGCUCUGAUCAUCAUCACCAAGAUGACACAGUGUUAAAGCAAGGAAGUUUCCCAUUAAUUAGCCUUGCUGACUUUAUACAAUAAGAGUCACUGUUGCGUAGAGACUGGUCUCAAGGGCUCUCUAAUCUUCUUUAUGAUCAACUUGUACUUGUUUUCUUUUUCUUUUUAUGCUUGUUUUACUUGAUAGAAGUUUCAGCAACGUGUUCCGUAUUUUGUCUUUUCUUGCACGGAAGUUAACUAUUUUUGUCGGAGAAAAUACAUGUUAUAUUUCUAACAUGAAAUCAUCAUCGCAAUGACUUAGGCUUGA